AUGGCUUGCCGAACUUUCACCUGUUUUGGAAAGCUCCCCCAAGAGCUACGCACCCAGAUCUGUAUCUUGGCUACACCACCUCGUGUCAUAUUACUACAAAAACGGGCCUUUCUCUACUAUGAGUUCUUACAAGAGUACAUGGAGAGAGAGGGCACUGAGCCAAAGGGCAAACACUUAUCGCGAUGGGAUGAGAGUGAGGUACAUUGCACCUACAGUCAUAAUGCGAUACCUGCGCUAAUGCAUACAUGUAGAGAUUCGAGGGGUGAAUUGGUGAAGCAUGGCUAUGAGCUUACGUUUGGGACAGAGUCAACAGCUCCACUAUUCUUAUUCCUCCUGGCGUCUCUCAUUGGUCGCCCGAUCAACACUCAACGGCGAGCCUCUGGAAUAGAGCAGAUGCCAAUCGCUGUUUAUUGA